AUGCAAACGACCGGGUCUAAACUUGUUCUGCAAUUUUUGGCUUUUUUCCACAUAUUUAUUGCACAAAACUAUGUGGCGGCCAAUCUGAACCCAAGUCCAAUCGGCGUGCAUAGGCGCUUUGAAUACAAGUACUCAUUUAAGCCGCCAUAUCUGGCCCAGAAGGAUGGCACUGUUCCGUUUUUUGAGUACGGUGGAAAUGCAAUUGCCAGCUCGGAGAGUGUUCGUGUGGCGCCAUCCCUGCGCUCCCAGAAGGGCGCCAUCUGGACCAAAACGCAAACGAAUUUCGACUGGUGGGAGGUAGAGAUUGUUUUCCGUGUAACAGGUCGUGGACGCAUUGGCGCUGAUGGAUUGGCCUUCUGGUAUACUACGGAAAAGGGUGAUUACAAUGGGCCUGUAUUUGGUUCAUCAGAUCGCUGGAAUGGUCUGGCCAUUAUUUUCGACUCUUUCGAUAACGAUAAUAAGCACAAUAAUCCGUACAUAAGUGCCGUACUUAAUGACGGCACAAAGCAGUACGAUCAUGCCAAUGAUGGGACAACGCAACUACUCAGCGGCUGCUUACGUGACUUCCGUAACAAGCCCUUCCCGACACGGGCGCGCAUAGAGUACUACAACAAUGUGCUGACGGUGCUCAUCCACAACGGCAUGACGAACAACAACGAAGACUACGAGAUGUGCUUGCGUGCGGACAAUGUGCUACUGCCCAAGCACGGUUACUUUGGCGUUUCAGCAGCCACCGGUGGUCUUGCUGAUGACCAUGAUGUGUUCCAUUUCUUGACCACGUCACUGCAUGCUGUGGGCCAAAUGCCUCAAGACGCGCAAAAGGUUGACAAUCAGGAGAAGCUGACUCAAGAGUACAAGGAGUAUCAGGAGAAACUAGAGAAGCAGAAACAAGAGUACAAAAAGGAGCAUCCCGAUGAGGCGCACAAAGACGAAGAGGAGUGGGAGGAGUUCUAUGAGUCGGAGAAUCAACGCGAGCUUCGUCAAAUCUGGCAGGGUCAGAGUCAAAUAUUUGAACAUUUGCGAGAGCUAUCCCGUAAAGUGGACGAGAUCAUUGGUCGCCAAGAGAACACUUUGUCACUGGUCUCACGCGGCUUGGCUGUCAACGCGGGAGCUGCUGUCCCCUCAGCUCCUGUAGCGGGAGUGCCACAACAACAGUUUCCAGCUGGCGCAACAAUCACACGACCCGAUGUGGACUUGCUUAUUGCAAAUCAGAACAUGCUGCUUAGCUCCAUACGCGAAAUUCGUCAGCUGGUCGGCGAUAUUAACGUACGCACUGAUAGCAUACAGACGAAUCAGAGAAAUGCGCCUACUGCACAGAUACAGUCAACGGGCUACGAUGUGCAAACGCUGAUAGCCGAGAUGCGUGAUGGCAUGAAUCAGGUCAAACAGGGCAUAUCACAUGUGGGACAAAGAUUGGGUGCCUCUCCGCAGGGAGCGGCGCAAGUCGCGCCUUGUCCCACAGGCAACUGUGUGGGUGUUACAUUGUUCCUAAGCGUAACUGUCGUGCAAUUGCUGCUCGUAUUUAUAUACAAUAUUUUCAAAAACCGCAGCGAGGCGCAAGCGAAAAAGUUUUAUUAGGCCAAUUGGGACACUCAGUUACCAUAAACAAUAAUCCACAUACAAACACACUCACACACCUGACUAGGCGGCAACUAAAUUUAGUUGAAAUGAAAAUACUUAAGACUACAGCGUAGAGUGCUCUACAUAUUGUAUGUAUAAUUGUUUUUAUAUAGACCUAUUUUUAAAUGAUUUAUGCGAGCAAAUAGCAAACAAACAAAAAAAAGUAAAACAAAUCCCGAAUCGAAAGAUGUCUAACUGAAAUUUGAACAACAUAAUGGAACAAGUCAAGACAAAAGCCACAUGACAAAAUGCAAUAUAAGCAAGGAAAUAAGCCACAAGACAAAUUAAGCCAGACUUCUAUUGAUAACUAAUACUAAUAGUGCUUCUCGUUUUGUAAUCUGUAAUUCUGUUCAUCCAGUUUAAAGUUUCACUCUACUCUCCCAAUUGUGCAUAUCACUGUGCAGCGUUUAAUUUGGUUUGCCACUUAUUUAGCGCGUUUCUAUAAGAGAAAAGAUAAAUUCCGUUAAUUUAGUCAAAAAAAUGUAUAAACAUAAUAUCAAUAUAAUGUAUAAUUUGAGUUAAAGCGUUUGAUUCUCCAACUAUUUUCCAUUUCAUGCGCUUAACUACUCAAAAAAAAAAUGAAUAAAUAAAUAAAUAGGGUUUCUCUUUUGUUAUUAGCAUCAAGUUUAAUUUAUGUAAUAA